CGACACGAGCCAAUCGUUUCCCCAUGUUGCUCAUGGCUGCCUGUUUUUUAUGCAGCUGUUCGAGUGUCAGGCCGUGUCUAGAUUGACUCGGACGUCUUAGCACCCUGUAUCGCGUCUUCAUUCCCUGCAAGGGGCCAGGAAGAGGAGAUGGGUCGGUGGUUCUGUACAAUUGUAAUGUUUCUUGUAACAAUGACACAAUGUGCAUGGUUUUCUUGCAAGGUCUGGUCCUGGAGAUGUCGACCGUUCAGUUGCGCAGUGUUGGUUUGGAGACUUGAAUGUAUUGUAGUUGGGUAGGUGAUAUGGUCUUCGGUUUACUGUGACUUUCAUGACGCGUGGAUCACGUGGUACACUGGUAAUGAAUCGACGCCCUCUACACAGUCGCCCGCUUCGCCUCCUAGACCACAUCACGUCAGAGCAGCAUGAGCACCUGUUCAAUGGAGUCAAAUGACGUCUUUCCUCAAGAAUAUCCCUAUGCAUGGUCUCCUGCCUCUUCCAUGAGCAUACAGGAUUUUGUAUCCAAGUACAGGCCCUCAAUGGUCCAGAAUGACGGGACGAAGCCGUGGAUAUGGGUGCGAAAGGGACCGCCCCUUUCUGACCGCACUACCAAGGGGAAUGUCGCUGCAAAGGAGGCUUCCGAAUUAUUACAGAAGGUGACAGAAAGAGUGGAGGAGAUCAAGAAUGAUAGUUCUAUUCCGGUGCGAUCCAGCAAGAAAACGGGCGCAAAGAGUAAAAAGGAACUCAGGGAGCAGGAGCAAGCCGACGCGACGGUGCAGCUGAAGGAUAUCUCGCAGAAACAUGGUUACGUGUGUGGAAAAUGGUUAAUUUUUGCUCCUUCAGAUAAAGUGGAUGCAAUUUGGGCCAGCGUUGCCAACUCUUUGGUUUCAGGCCCGCUCUCCUCUACGGCUACCAGUACUGCGAAGGUGGCCACCUUACCGCAGCACGAAACACCAGGUUAUCAACACGUUAUUUGUGUCUACAUUCCCGACGUGUAUGACAGAGACAGUGUGGUCGAGGUUAUGAAAGUCUUGCUUCGGCGGCACGGCAUCAACCUCAGUGGAGUCAAGAGUGAUUUGUAUACAUCAAUCGGAUUGGAUAGCAAGCAUCCUAGUGGGGUACCUUCAACGGUCUGGAAGAACACGGCUUUGUUACCGGAUUCCGAGAUUAAGGAGCUAAAGGAUGCAUACUUUGCCGAAUUGACGUCUGCGAAGAUUGCGGCAAAACCUAUAGAUCGAAAGGAGGAAAAUGCACCUCGGAAGCCAGGUCACAGGAAGAGGAAAGCAGAAACAGAUGACCCAUUCUCGUCCGACAAUGACCAGGGUGACAACGCAAAGCUACAGAUACCACCCCAUGGAUCGGCUGGGGGGGAUAAUACAGCAGAACAGGCUCAGGAGAACAAAAACAGUAAGGCCUCGAUAUCAAAGACCAAGAAGAGCAAGCUGUCAUCCUAG